AUGACUUCAAUUUCACUAUGGACGCCGGUAAGGGUGGGAAGGAAUUGGCCUGAGGAUAGCCGCGCUAGCAGUUCAAAUCCUGUUCAAGAUGCUGAGCCGCCAAUGGGAAAAAAUAUAGAAGCUAAAGCUUCAUGUUACGAUAGCCGAAAAUUUUUCUGCCUUUGCCCGCCAUCUUCAAGAUGCUUAGCCGCACAAAUCGUACGAGCUGCUCUCCUUCGAGCUAACCCCACCACCCUGCAAAUUCACAUAGCAGUAGCUAACCCCACCCCCACGAGCCACCUCCGAACCCAAAUCCCUCAACCUCUCGAGCUCAGUCAGAAUCACCGAGUUAAGAUCCGGCCUAUCCCUUCUCCUCAGCUCACAGCACUUCAAAGCCAGCUUAGCCAGCGACAGCGCCUCCUCUACCGGCCAAUCCCCAACCGCUCGAUCAAGCACUUCCCCAAAUCUCCCAUUCUCAAUCGCCGUCUCGACAUAAUGCGAGAGUCCCAUCGCUGGCCGAGCCGUGAGAAUCUGCAGCAGCAUAACUCCGAACGACAUGCCCGUCUGCUGAUAUUCCGGAUCGAUGUAACAGAAAGUUCCGGCAGCUGCAGUCAUGUGGCACUGAGUGAUGGUGUCGGCGACAGGUGGUGGGACGAGGCGGCAGAGGCCGACAUCGCUGAUCUUGCUGACGAGGUUUCGGUCGAGAAGGAUGUUCCCGGGCUUGAGGUCGCGGUGGACGAGGGGCUCGGGUCGGGUGGAAUGGAGGAAGUUGAGGGCGGUGGCGAUCUCGGCGGAGAUUCGAAAACGGGCGGGCCACGAGAGGGGAGGAGACCCGUUUUUGCGGUGGAGACGGUCCUCGAGGGAUCCGUUUUCCAUGUACUCGUAGACGAGGCUUCCGUACUCGGGGCAGGCGCCGAGGAGGACGACCAUGUUUGGGUGGCGCAUUCGGCUAAGGACUUCGACCUGCGUCGGAAGAAGUUUGCUAGAUGUGAAUUUUCGGAGUUUGCUUUCGGUGGAGUGGAGCUAAGCUUUUAUAUCCGGCCUCAGGACCUUGAUGGCAACUGGGGUGUGAUCCAGUGUGGCCUUGAACACCGGUCCAUACCCACCUUCUCCAAUCUUAUUCGCCGCCAGAAAAUAAUCUGUUGCGAUCUCAAUCUCGUCCAUCGUAUCUUGCUUCAGUCUCCUCAGCUCGUCAUCUAUUUCCUGAUGAAGGUGAUUAAAGGUUUUAUGAGUUUGCGAGGAUGUCGAGCUUCUAGAAGAAUCCGAAACCCUAUAAUGGUCCAUAACCUCGAACGAGACAUCCGAAGGGAAACUCAUCCCUUCCGAAACAUCGCUCGACUCGGACAUCGAGUAACCGGGGCUCCCUCUCUUCCGAACCUCAAGGCUCAUAUUAGAGGAAUCGUGUUUUUGGCGCCAUCUGGCGAUUGUCUUGACUGGUUUCCGAUGUCAAAGGAUGAUACCUCGGAGUUCGGGCUUUUCCAGCUGUCCGGGCUUUUUACUACUUUGCCCUUCGACACGGCGUACACCGUGCAAGAAUCUGGUGCGCAUCUCGCUACUGAACUCGGAACAUCUGCAUUCUUAAAUGCUCUGUAA